CUGCAACGAGUUGCGCCCCUUCCAACCUUGACAUUGUAGGUCAGCAAUAUGGCGACUGUUAACAUUCUGAGAGCCUGCAGUCGAGGUUCACAAUGCAUUUUGUUUCGCUUUCAAACUGCAUCGUCUCCCCUGGCAAUGUCCAAGAAGACAAUUGCAGUCAGUUCACAGUCGAUGUCAGCCCUUGAUUACUUCAGGGCAAGGAGAGGUCCCUUCACACCAGAGGAGAAGCGAGGCACCGGCCACAUGAUGAUGGCAUCCUCUCACUGGAAGAUCGAGCGCGUAGUCAUGAUCUCCAUGAUUCCCAUCAUGCCGGCCUGCAUCCUGUAUCAGGGCGCUGCCAUGGACUACGCUAUCUCCACCGUCGUCUUUCUGCAUGGCUACUGGGGCAUCAGUGGCGUGCUGUCUGACUACUUGGAGAAGUUCGUACCCUGGAUCAAGUACCCGUGGUAUCUCAUCAGCAUCCUCACCUUUGCAGGACUCAUCAACUUCAACUACAAUGACGUCGGUGUGUGUACUGCUAUCAAGAUGUUGUGGCAGAUCUAACUUUCCUAUUAUUGAAUUGGCUCAUCAUACGAUUGCUUCUUGGAGGGGGACAGUUGUGUUGCCUGGAGGUCGACACGUUACUGAGGUCGACACGUUACUGGAGAUGUUACUGUAGACAUCCGACUAACGACUCUUUGUGAUCCAGCAUACACGUGCAGCCAUAGAAUUAUUAUUUUUUAAGACUUGUCCCAGAGGAUUAGUGAAAUCCUUAGUUCACUCGUCCUCUGAGUUUGUAGUUUGUCCUGCUUGUUUUCUGUAAGUUUUAUUCAGUUCCAGGUCGUAGCAAAAUUGAAGCAUUGAGAACUGGUUUAAAAUCAUAGCCUCCAAAUGCUACUAGUCUAUGAGGACUAGCAUCAUUCAAUAUUUCCUUCUCAGCAUAAUUUUGUAGCCGUGGGUUAGGCGACUAGCGUGAUUUUUGAAUGCUGAUGUGUUUGAGCUUUGUGAUAAUUUGCGUUGCAGAGAACUACACAACUUAACACGUCUAUCUUUUUAGCCAUGUUGCCAUGGUUACAGACUAUACUGACUCCAUGAUAUGUCUUUAAAUUCAAAUAUCUAAAAAAACCAAUUAUUUUUCAAAAAGGUUAGACUCAGAAUAUGUAGCAAAAAUGGUUCCAAAGACGUGUGUAUGUUUUGUAUGGACACAGGUCUCAUGUUACCCCAAUGUAACCAUGUUACCGAGCUGCAUGUGUGUGGUGGAUGCUCAAGUAUAAUGGGGAUGGAGGCUCAGGGUUCGUAUCAGUUACAAAACAUUUUAAAUUUCGGUUCCUGGUUCUUGGUUGGGAGUAAAUAUUUAAAUGUUAUUUAGAUUUAUGAAUGAGUGAAAUGCCUGUGCAUUAUAUUAUGAACCCUUCUGUCAAUUCUAUUAUUUAAAUAAUAAUAUGUGUGUCUGUAUAAAUGUAACGAUCAGGUGAUAACAGUGCUCUGUGGUUUCACAGCGCCAAGCGUUGCAUGCACCUCCAGCAGUGAGUGGUUCGAGUAUUUAUCCUGUAAGACCAAUAUGACAACCACGCUGAUAUAUGCAAUGAAUAUUUACUUAUAUAUGUUUGCUUGUGUUGUUGUUAUUUGAAGUCAGAGUGACUAGCAAUGUCAGUGUUAAAAUGUGUCAUUCCAGUGUUUGUGUAGGCUUGUUUGAUGAAGACGCACGCCCACUUUUGUCACAUAAUAAACAUCUCCAGCGUUGUUA